AGACAUAAUAGACAGACACUGAAUUGAAUAUACAACAAGCAAAAAGCUUUUAAUCUCAAAGAGAAAAUUAUGUGUAUGUUUGUUUAUCCUAGAAUUUAGUGUAUGAAGGAUUCCAACGGACUCUCACUGACCCGGAAGUGAGGCAGCAGUGCGGUGAGAGCAGAGUGCCCCCAUAGUGGUGAGAGCAGAGUGCCUCCUGGUGGAGCGCGAGCAGCGUGCCUCCCGGUGUGCCUCCCUUGUGAUGCCAGGUAGGAGGUGAGGAGGCGGAGGAUGGAAGGUAGAGCGAGGAUCUCCGGCCGCCAUGGUGCCGCCCGGGUCCCGCUGUAGCACGUGCAUUCCUCUCACUUGAGCUGUCUUAGAGUAGCAUCCCACGUCGCCUCCGCACCUCCUCACCACCGCCAUGGAGCCCCACCGGAGCGGGGGGGACCUGGCGCCGCUGCAAUACAACCAGCGGUCCUCGCGGUCGCUGGGUCGGUGCUCUCUCUGCUGCUCCCGCCUCGCUGCCAUGCUUUGCUCCAACGUGGGCGUGUGUGUUCUGGUGCUCCUCUACACUAUUGCCGGCGCGUUCGUGUUCACCACAAUCGAGGGCGGUGACAUGGCCCUCCAGAUCGAGCAGAGGCCUCCGCCGCCCCGGGAGUCCGCCGUGAUGGAUUCCCUGCGGCAGCACGCUCGAGGUCUUCGCCACGAAACGGUGGAGCGCCUGUGGACAAUAACGGAAUCCCUGAACAUCCUUUACCGCGAGAACUGGACCAGGGUGGCCGAGCAGGAGCUCAUCAAAUUCAGCGAGAAGCUUAUCACCAGACUGCACGAGGACGAGCCGUCGCCGCAGCCCGCGCCCACCACCGCCCACGCCUCUUACCAGUGGACCUUCGCGGGCUCCUUCCUCUACUCGCUCACCGUCAUCACCACGAUAGGUUACGGCUCGGUGGCGCCCCAGACCGUCAUGGGAAGAAUAGUUACAAUAGUGUAUGCUCUGCUGGGGAUCCCCCUCAUGCUGCUCUACCUGUCUUCCGUGGAUCUUAUUGAACAUUAG